AUGGAACAACACACUGCAAAACCUCCUCCUACUUCAACUUUUUUUAAACAAACACGAAAUUAUCAAGUCAGUCAACAGGCAGUUCUUCUUGCGUUAAUUAACCGUCACUUUUCAUUGUCUCUUUCAGCACCAAAGAAGAAGUCAGUUGUUGCUCAACAGAUGAUUACUGUUAAUUAUCUGAAACGUGGAAAUGAUACUGUUGCUGUUGAUGAAUUUGUUCAUAGGAGGUUAGCUGAAAUUCAGCAAUAUGAUAUUUCACAAGGAGUUGCACCAAAAACUGCAGCUCGAAGAUGUGAAAAUAAUAGAAUUGCCGAAGUCAAUCAUUUGCUCAUUGAUAUUUUACGAGAAUUUGGAUAUUCUUUCUCAACUAAAGUUACUGAUGGAAAGAAUGGUACUCUUAAAACUGAAUCGGUUUAUUCUGUUUUGUAUAAAGGAAUGACUCUUUUUACUCGUUCAACAAUUCAAUCAUCUGGACUAGCUAUUAAUAAGUAUUUGAACGAUCUUCUCUUUGAAACUCAGACUACUUUAGUUUCAAAGAAUAAUUGUAUUCUUCACCAUAUGCUACCAGAAUAG